AUGGCCAGACGUUAUGAUAGCCGCACGACAAUCUUCUCGCCAGAAGGUCGUCUUUACCAGAUCGAAUAUGCUAUGGAGGCGAUCUCACACGCCGGCACAGUACUCGCAGUACUAGCGAAGGACGGUGUCGUGCUUGCCGCGGAGAAGAAGGUGACAGGAAAGCUGCUUGAUCUCUCCCUCGCAAAGGAUGGCGGUUAUGGCGGGAGCGGCGAGAAGAUCUUCUUACUCAAUGCAAAUGUUGUCGCCGGCGUGGCGGGUAUCACUGCGGACGCGAACUCACUAGUAAACUUUGCGCGGCAAGCGGCACAAAAGCAUCUGUUCUUGUAUAAUGAAGAUAUUCCUGUCGAACUCCUCGCGCAAAGGCUCUGCGAUCUAAAGCAGGGCUACACACAAUAUGGCGGUCUGCGUCCAUUUGGUGUAUCACUACUGUAUGCGGGAUAUGACCCACACUAUCAGUUCCAGUUGUACCACUCUGAUCCAUCUGGGAACUAUUCUGGUUGGAAAGCGACAUGCAUCGGCGCAAACAACGGGACAGCGCAAAGCUUGCUCAAGCAGGAGUACAAGGACGACAUGUCAGUGGAGGAUGCAGUUGGCCUUGUUCUGCGGACGAUGAGCAAGACGAUGGACAGCACGACUCUGGGCAGCGAGAAGCUGGAGUUUGCGACUUUGACCCUGGACGCGUCCAAGCAGCCGAAGGCAAAGAUCUACAAACCCGCAGAAAUUGAUGCGCUUCUGCAGAAGCACGACCUGGCCAAGAAGGAUGAGGAUACAGAGAUGGCAUGA